GGUCUGUUUGGAUCGGGCCCCUUCUACUUCCGUACAAACUGGACGCGGUUUAAUUUAAAUCUUCACAUACAACUGCGUAGCUAGAUAUCAUAAUUCCCUGGGUCAGAAUGGACGACACUACGAAACGUUUUGUGCAGCGACUCAUGAAACGGAUACCGGCUCCGAUGCUCAGAGCAACGCUGGACAAGUGGGACCGUUUGACGAGGGAGCAGAAGAAGUCCAUGGAUUUCACUCAGUCAAAAUGGGCGUUGACGGAAAAGAUGCUGGCCUUCAGCGAGGAAAACGAGCUGACAGCGAAGCACCUCACAGAGCUCGAGAUGAUAUAUAUCAUUGACAACCCAAACAAGGGCAUGUGGUAUGCCUUCCAGCUCAUGGACCCUCAAGAUGACGCUCACUCUGUAGAGCUGAUUCAGUUCAAGGAACAAUUUAAAUCCCACCUCAGAGAGCUCGUGAGACAUGUGUCCAUCAAAAUAAAGAAGCACACAGAUGAAGCUGUGUGGAUUCGUAUUGCAUGGGGAGACGCCUUCACUCGACCCAACCACCUGAAACCAACGUAUGUCGUUCACUAUCUUCACAGCCCAUAUGUCUUUGUGACCAGCCUGACUUUAAAGCAAAAGCCCCUGUUAUCCCAGGCCUUGGUUCUGGCCACCAGAUAUCAAGCUAUCAAGGAUGCUAACCUUAGUGGACGGAAACUCACUGCCAUUAGGGAUCUUCUGAUGAGGAAAUAUCAACAGGUGUUUCCGACCAAGUAUCCAAGUCCUCUUCCAGAAAAUAAUCAAAACCCGCACAUAGAAAAAGAGCAAGCUGAGCCUGCAGCCAACAGACUUCAGAUGGCUUGCGAGGCCUUUGGUAGUGGGAUGUUGCCUCAGCUUCAGUCGGCAGUUUACAAGUUGGAGACAAAAUUCAGAGACCACUCCAACCAGACCAUGUCAGAGCGGGAGGAACCCUUCAGAUGUGUUGUCAAAUUUGAAAGCACUAACCUUCUGGAGUCACUCAGACACUGUGCAUCUUCAGGAAUUGCCUCCACCCCUGUCACGCCUCUUCUCUCAUGUAUCCCCCAAAAGGGAAGAAAUUAUUUUGUCAUCACAGACAACGGCCCUGGUCCCUCCGCACGAAUGCGCCAACCACAGAACUGAUGGCCGACAGGCCCUUGAUUUAAAGGAUUCAGUGUGGCCCGCCAUCUCGAGUCCACCCGUGGUUCGCUUUUAUCAUUCCAUUCCUUGUUCAAGACCAUGUGCUUACAGUGGGAAACCUGACAGUAGUUGGCAAUGGAUAAUUGUCAUUGUAUUAUAUUUUGUUGGUGUUCAAGUGGCAGAAUAUUACUGCCAUGGAAAUGUUUUAUUUGUACAAAUUGAAUAUAAAAACAGGAUUUUUUAAAUAUU